AUGCAGUUCGCGGUGAGUGCCGUAUCCGCCAUCCUUCUGGUUCUGGCCCAGAUCGAUUCAGCUGUCGCCGCCUGCCGGAACCCUCUGGUGCGCAGAGAAUGGCGAACACUCAGCAACAGUGAGAAGCAAAGCUACAUUUCGGCGGUAAAAUGUUUGCAAAAGGCUCCCGCCCAGACACAGUCAACAUAUGCCGGCGUUCGCUCGCGCUACGAUGACUUCAUGGCCGAACACAUUAACCGAACUGACUUUAUUCACUUUGUCGGGUUCUUCCAGCCAUGGCACCGAAUGUUUGUCGCUCAGUAUGAGUCCGAGCUCAGAUCUGUCUGUGGCUAUACUGGAGCUCAACCGUAUUGGAAUUGGUCUCUCGAUGCCUUUUCAAACGAUACCUUCCUCGCAGCUCCUGUCUUUGAUCCCGUUAAUGGAUUCGGAGGCAACGGUCCCUACAUAGACUCUUCCAACGAUUCGAGCGUCCGGCUUCAUAUUCCAGGCAAAACAGGCGGCGGUUGCAUCCUUGAUGGCCCCUUCAAGAACAUGACGGUCAAUAUGGGACCUGGCUACAAUACAUCCUACAGUCCUCACUGUCUGACCCGAGAUCUUGCACCUAGUCUCGCGGUGCAGAAACUCAACAUCACUGCCCAACUCUACCCUCUUCUCGCCCCGACUUUUGCCGAGUUCGAUGUCCGUGUGCAGGGCGGCAUCGAAGUCGAGGCCUUGACGUACCACGGCGGCGGCCACUUGUCGGUCGGAGGCGACCUAGGCGAAAUGGGCAAUGUGUACUCGUCGCCCGGCGAUCCACUCUUCUAUCUACAUCACGCCAACAUGGACCGGAUAUGGUACACUUGGCAGAAGCUAGACUGGCAGAAGCGCAAGUCCGAGAUUGCCGGACCCGACACGCAAUUCGCUUAUCCAUUCAACUUCUUUGGUGAUAUCGAAUACAACAACGUCACGCUUGACUACGAAAUGGACUUUAGCCCACUAGGACCCAACCGAAAGGUCAGCGAGGCCAUGGAUCCCCAGGCAGGACCCCUCUGUUACACUUAUUGGUGA